AUGGAUUCAUUCAAUACGAGGAUAUCGGCACUUCGUUCGCCGACUUCGACUGCAUCCUCUGCGUGUCCUUCCCAUUCUUCCACCUCUUUCCCGAAGCAAACCCUAGAUUUCCCGAUUCGAAGCCCCAAAUUGUCCCGCAAAGCCAACUUCCUUCCCCCUAUUUGCGCCGUUGCCGUACCAGAGAAAGUAGAGAAGAUUGGAAACGAGCUCAAAAACCUAACCCUAGAAGAAGCUUGCAGCCUCGUUGACUGGUUACAGGAAGAGCUCGGUGUCUCCGCUGCUGCCUUCGCACCGGCGGCUGUUGCCGUAGCGCCUGGUGCCGUUGCCGAUGCGGAACCAGCCGUCGUUGAGGAGCAAACGGAGUUCGAUGUUCUUAUCGAGGAAGUGCCGAGUAACGUGAGGAUUGCAACGAUUAAGGUCGUGAGAGCACUUACGAAUCUGGCGUUGAAGGAAGCGAAGGAGUUGAUUGAAGGAUUACCGAAGAAAUUCAAGGAGGGAACCUCAGAGGAAGGGGGGUGUUGA